UAAAAGAAGCAGGCACCAUAAAUUCCGUUAUUUCAAGUGAGCAUUUUGGUCAUUUUGUUUGUUAAAAGAGAAACCAAUUCUCUUCAUUCACAAGGAAAGCAAGUUAUUAAUCGGAAAGAAGAACAAACACGGAACCCCUAAAAAUUCUGCUCUGCUUAUUCUCUGUGAUUAGCUCGAUAAUUCCUCAAGAAUCUUUGCUUUUUUCCACAAUUCACACUCGAAUUGAAGGUUUUACAAUUUAUGUACAUGUAAACAUAAACAGCAAAAGGUGAGAAGAUAGGGUCUGAAAUUACUGUAAACGAUAACAAUCACAGUGUGAUUGUGUGAGUUGAAAUUUGAUCACAGUUUGAAAUAUGGUGGUUCCGACGAUAGCUCUUUACGCAACUCCACCCAGCAGCGUGUGCUCAGCGCCUCACUCAUGCCAAAUCAACUCUCACGCAUCGUACGAUUUCGAUGUUAACGGCCGGUCAACGUCGUCUGCAUCUGCUUCAGCAUCUCCGUCUCAAAAACCCAUUGUCGGUGGCCUCUCCUGCCUAUUCUCAUCUCCAGCAAUGAAAUCAUCGAGUUAUUCUGGUGGAGCUGAGGAAUUAGGGUCCUUAUGGCACGACAGGACAGAAGAAUUGAGCUCCUCUUUUAGAUAUACAUCUUUAAAGAGAGACCAGGCACAUCAGAGCCCGGUUUCUGUGUUUCAGGGCCCAACAACUAGUACAAUUGGAUCGUGUUCUCGAAGCUCACCCAUGAGAAUUAGCGGGGAUUUGCAUUCAAUAAGGUCUGGGAGUACAGGUUUAUUCAGUAGGUUCGUGAGGCGCGCGUUGAAUUCUUUCGUGGAUUGUGAUUCUUCACCUACGGGUUUUGAUGUAGAGCAUUUAGAUCCUUUUGUCUCAUCGAAUAUAUGGGCAGAUGAGCUCACGUUUAACAUGGAGGAUAAUCUCACGGAGUUGGAUAUCCCGCCUUAUGCUAAAGACUUGCUUUAUGAUGCUCAGUCGAGACAUACGAUCUUCCGUGAUGAUUUUGUUGUUAAGGCGUUCUACGAAGCUGAAAAAGCUCACAGAGACCAGAUGCGGGAAAGUGGGCAUCCUUAUUUGCAGCAUUGUGUGGAGACGGCGGCUUUUCUGUCGAUAAUUGGGGCUAAUUCUACCGUUGUUGCUGCAGGGCUUUUGCAUGACACGGUUGAUGAUUCUUUUAUGACUUAUGAGCACAUUUCCAGGAAAUUUGGAUCUGGGGUUUCUGAUUUGGUUGAAGGGGUAAGAGAAAUUGGAUGUUCUUCAGUGUAUAAUGUGGCAUAUGAUCGAGUUAAUGAUGUAACUCUCAUGAGUUCCUACUUUUCUAUCUUUUACAGAAAGAAGCUGAAUAUGGAUGAAAUUCAUGAUAUUCACGGGUUGAGAUUGAUUGUUGAAACUGAGGAAGAUUGUUAUAAAGCUCUGAGAGUUGUACACCAGCUGUGGUGUGAAGUGCCUGGGAGGUUGAAGGACUACAUCUUACAUCCCAAGUUUAAUGGGUACCAAUCACUACAUACAGUAGUAAGAGGUGAGGGUAUGGUUCCCCUUGAAGUUCAAAUUCGAACAAAAGAGAUGCAUUUGCAAGCGGAGUAUGGAUUUGCCGCUCAUUGGAGAUACAAGGAAGGUGACUGUAAACACUCUUCGUUCAUUCUUCAGAUGGUUGAAUGGGCACGUUGGGUCAUCACCUGGCAGUGCGAGGCUAUGAAAGAAGACAGCUCUUCGAUUGGCUUUGUUGAAUCCUCGAAGCCACCUUGCACAUUCCCUAUUCAUACUGAGGAUUGCCCAUUUUCUUGCAGACCUCAGUGUGCAUCUGAUGGACCUGUCUUUGUAAUCGUGAUUGAGAAUGAAAAGAUGUCAGUUCAGGAGUUCCCAGCAAACUCUUCUGUUAUGCAUUUGCUGGAAAGGGCUGGUCAGGGUAGUUCUAGAUGGACACCGUAUGGAUUCCCUCUUAAGGAGGAGCUAAGGCCUCGGCUGAACCAUCAACAAGUCAAUGAUCCGACCUGCAAGCUAAAAAUGGGCGAUGUGGUUGAACUAACUCCAGCCAUACCAGAUAAGUCUUUAACAGAGUGCCGGGAAGAGAUUCAGCGCAUGUAUAAUCGUGGUGUUACUAUGUCAAGCACAGUGCCUGCUGCCAGUGCUAUGGGUACUUGAGAAGUCGAUCUUUAUUUAUUUUUUUUUUUUUGUUGUAUAACAUUCAAAUGUGACACUGGUGACUCCUGUAUAUAGACUAUGCAGCCUUAAAAAGAACUGCUCUUACGAAGAAAAAUGGUUAACCGGAAAUUGUUCCUCAAAAAUCAGAUGAAUGCUGUUGAUUUCACAAAUUUAUUUGUCCCUGCGAUGUCAUGGGCUACCGUUAGGAACCAGAUUAUGAAAUUCCAUAGAAGUGUGAUUUGUACUGGUAUAUUGUUUAAUGGAAGUUCCAAAGAUUUGAUUUGCUUA